GCAUUUGGUAAGUCACUAGUUACACUUAUUCCUUCAUCAUGGUGUUCUCUUUUAAACAGCGUUUUAGAUUUGGGGGCUGAGCCAAAUCUCUGUGUGUGUGUGUGUGUGUGUGUGUAAAUGCACAAAUAAGUGCACAAAUGCAAGUGCACGCACACACAUUAAGCAGUAAAGUGUCAAUCCAUCACACAAUGUUUUGUCUAACACACAGAGAUCAAUGCAGUUUGUUUCAAUCCCUUAAACAUGAAUUGAUGAGGUGUGUGCGUGUGUGUGUGUGUGUGUGUGUGUUAGCUGAGACUGUCUGAGAUGUGAAAAUCAAUCUACAUUAACACACACACACACACACAAACGGUCUUGACUCUGCCGCCUGUAACUAUGACAACAGUCAUUAUGGUUAUAACAUGACCACCUGAUCCUACUUGUUAAUAUUCUUCCUUUCAUCUUCACCACUUCCUGUCCCGUGUGUGUGUGUGUGUGUGUGUGUUACUCAGUAAGUGGUGUGUGUUUCUUUGCCGGGAGACGAUCAGCCGCUUGCAGCAGAUCAAUGCAGGGAACAUCUAUAACUAGUCAUUAGUGUGUGUGUGUGUGUGUGUGAGAGAGAGAGAGAGAGAGAGAAUGGCAAUGAAGGAGUGAAACAAGUAAGUAAAAUAUUGAAAAAAAAAUUUUUAAUUUUUAUUUCUGCAUUCCUUUAGAAUUAUGCCAAGGAACUUCCUGACAAGGCACUUCCUGACUAGCUUUGCAUAGCGAUGAUGUCAUCCUUGAUGCGUGCAUGUGAAGGAGCGUUAUUGAUUAGCGCCUCAGCUGUCCACUAAAUGAAUUAGAUAAGUGAAGCGUGGGCGUAUGUGGCCCCCAAGGGCUCAAUGAAGGGGGGGGGGCGGUGCUCCUUGAAGGGGGCGGGGUCAUCAUUGUGAGCAGCAGUGGAAGAGCCUCCCCACACUGAAGAAGAGCAAGGAGAAGAACGCAGCACGGCAUGGAGGGAAAGACACUUUUAUUUUGAAAUCUACUGCUCACAUACCCGCCAACUAAAAAAAAAAAAAAAAAAAAGAUGAUAUUCAACCUGAUGAGGCUAUGGAUCCUGGGCAUCGUUGCGGUCAAGGUAGUCCACGGAGCACGGGUGAUGAGUGGUCAGACGGUAUGUUUGGGCGAGGGCGUGCAUCCCUGCUACAAGAUGGCGUACUUCCAUGACGUCUCGAGCCGCGUGGCCUUCAGGGAGGCCGAGCUGGCGUGUCACAUGGACGGCGGCUCGCUGCUCAGCAUCGAAAGUCCCUCCGAGCAGGAACACAUCGAACACCUGCUGCAGGAGUUGCGCUCGGGAGCAGGGGGCGGAACUGGAAUAGCAGAUGGAGAUUUUUGGAUCGGUCUGACUCGGGUGGACGGUGAGGACCAGAAAACUCCCAAUGGCGUCACUUCCUGUCCGCAGCUCUACAGGUGGACCGAUGGCAGCAUGGCAUCUUUCAGGAACUGGUAUUUUGACGAGCCAUCCUGUGGUGGAGAAUCCUGUGUUGUCAUGUACCACCAGCCGACAGCACUUCCUGGAGUGGGCGGGGCCUAUCUCUACCAGUGGAAUGAUGACCGGUGCACCAUGAAGCACAACUUCAUCUGCAAAUACCCACCAGAGCGCCACCUUGGGGAGGAACAUGGUAACACGGCUGAGGGGCAAGGCACCGAAGCAACACAGGGUAGUGGUGAGCUGCUUCCACCUCAGGUCACCUUGGCUGGAACUUCAGGCACAUUGCUGCUCUACGUCAUCAUCCCCACCAUUCCGCUUAUGCUGCUCAUCCUGGUGGCUGCUGGGAGUUGUUGUUUCCAUGUGCUCAGCAGAAGCUCAUCCCGCACCAAGGUGGCUGUGAGACAAUCCAAUCUGUGGAUCUCCAAGACGCCCAAAGCUGACGUCAUCGAGGCGUGACAUCAUCCGACUAUCAAUGCCGCCGCCGGACACGCUUUGAACCAAUCAAGUGAAUGGAGGUGGAGUCUGUGCUAAUCAAUCAAAACUAGUGACGAGUGAAGGUGACAUUUUUUUAUUUAUUUAUUUAUUUGAUCUUUAUCGAUCAGUAAGACAGCACAUUAAGCUAACGUUUUAUGUACGUCCUGACAUUGUUAUUGAUCAGCAAGAGAUAAGUGGUGUCUUCAUUAAAACAUUCAGUGCUUCAGCCAAUCAGCUUCCUGAGUUUUCAACUGUUAGGUGAAAAAAAAAAAUCUUUGGAAUUCAAGCAAAAAGUUGCAACAACUUUAAGCGUCACUGAGUGUACAGGAAGUAAUGGAGUUUAAGUCAGGGGGC